AUGUUCUUGGCAGGGCUCGGCUAUGAAGUUCUUGAGGGGGACCACUAUGUGCCUGGGCAAGAAAGGCACGAACGGCCGCGAUUCAAAAACAAGGACCAGUGGAAGGAGAUCCUUCUUGUCACUGCGGCGGCAUCUGUGAUGUAUGCGGCAAGGGUGGUGGGCGAUUUUGACAGAGCUGUGGGUAAGAAUGCCACUGUAAAGGAGAAGGCCGAUGAUCAGUUGACAUCGAGUCUUGAGUGUUGUUUGCAGCAUGUUUCUCAUCAAGUGGCUGUAUCCCUGACAGAAAGCCUCGCAGCGGAGCGUUGA